AUGAAUUACAUGGGCAUUCAGAGCGGCCUCGAAGCUGUCGUGGCAUCCGGGGGGCGGAGCUGGCUCUUUAACUGUAACAUAACAGUGACCUGCCCGGUUCCCGAUGACUCGCUCAUCUUCGAGCUCUGUCGCACUGGUCAGACCCGUGCUGUCGAAGCGCUUCUGGAGAAGGGAAUGGCAAGCGUAGUAGACACGAGCCCCAAAGGAUGGAAACCACUGCACGUAAGACGCUACUCCUGUGUGGAGAACUUAUUCAAGGAUGCUGAUUUGGCCAGUUUGCCGCCGCAGCAGGUCAUGUCGAGCUUUGCGCUUUGCUGGUCAAGGGAGGGGCAGACAAGUCUGCACUGGUGUAUGAAGGACCUUCUGAUGCGAUCUUGUAGGUCCCCAGUAUCAACUGACAGCACCGCUGCUAACGAAAUUAGAUCGCCCAUAUCGCUUUUCGUUGCAUUUUGUACUGAUGAGCACGCUGAUAUCAAGAUCGCCAUGCUCAGACUCUUCUGCGAAUGCAUUGACAUCGCCGACGCCGACAGUGAUGGCUGGACUGUACACGACUGGCUCAAGAGAGCGUAUGCGAGAGAACGAGUUCCUAUCUCGCGAAACAGUAUCACGUGGCUACUUCACCUUACCGUGAAUGAGGAGUACGUCGAAUUCAGCGCGCGCAAUAUCUGGUCCGCCCUGCAACACGCGAUGAGAUCUGUUCUCAAUCAUUCCCGUCACAACAAGUACAUCCAGCAGAUCCUCGGUCUUUCUCACGAGGAGCGUUCAGGGGUUAGCAAGAGGCACCUGGACGCGAUAGGCUCUUGGCUUGCUCUACGUGCAAGCGGCCGAGUAGUGCUGCCAAUGGUCGUGAACGCCGGCUCGUUCCUGCAGAUGAAGGGCUUUGAUUGGAUGGAGGACAACCUCACACAUAAGCAAUUCCUGCAAGCACUACCGAGUAUCUAUUCAGCUUGGUGCCACGCAGUAUUGGACUGCAUUGAGCAGUUGAAAGUGUAUCUGCGGGAAGAGCUCGAUCGCUAUCUCUGCCAACUUGGUAUGACACGAAGGACCUUCGUCCGUGUGCUGACUCAGGCCAAGCAUAUCCCUCACGGCGCUGGAAAGUCAUCAAGAACUGCAUGCGCCCACUGCGGAGACGACUACGGUUCAUUCGCUGGUGGACUGGUCGAGCCUGCGCGCAUAGCCGUCACAGAAUGCGUCAGGUCCGGUCACAACUCGAACUGUAUCUGCGACACGAUUCAAAAAGGCUCGACGAUAUUAGAAGAGCUUCAGGACUAUACCGGGAUGCUUCAAACGGACGAUACCGACGAUUAUACGCAAUCGGAUGACGAGUUCUUCGACGCACAGCCGCACGUUUUCAACGAUACCGACCUCCAAACCAAUCCUACAUCGAACAUGUUCACCGACAUCGCGACUUUGCUUUACAGCGCUCAAGGCCGCAUCUGGCUCGGUCAACACUCAAUCGGGGAGCGCCUGUGCUCAACCUGUCUGCUACUGAAGGAGAAGUACAUCGGCGAAGAUGGCCUGUCUGCUGACUUUCCACCUAUGCCGAGAAGUUUCGAAGGCCUGCGCGUCAAGUGGUAA